AUGAUGGACAAAGAGGGCCUCGAUGUAUCCGAGGACCAGACCAGUCCGCAGGUGCAAUGCUCCAUCUGCGGCAGUAGCUUUCGUCGCCCGGAACAUCUCAAGCGUCAUCUGCGCAGCCAUACCAAGGAAAAACCCUUUGAAUGCACCCAGUGUGGCCGGCAUUUCUCCCGGACCGACACCCUCCAUCGCCAUGAGCUGAGCCACCAUCUGCCCGGCAGCGAAGGGGGUAAAGAGCAUACCCACCGAAUCACUGUCAAGACCUUCCGCGCCUGCUUUAGCUGUGCGACGGCCCGUGUGCGAUGCAGUGGGGGAGAGCCGUGUGGACGGUGUGAUGCCCGCUCCCUCGACUGUCAAUAUCCGACAGAGAGAAGGUCAAAGAAGGGCCGGAGAGAGGGUUCCCAGGGUGCAGAGUCGCCGCCCCUUCGUCGUGCCUCGCAGACCAGCAAAGGUCGUGUUGAGUCGGCACCAGAGACAUCAGUUCAACCGAUUGGACAACCAAUAUUAUCCCCAGGUUAUUCAGGCAAUGUGCUUCCUAGUGGUGCGCAGAACCAACAAACACAGCCUCCUUCAAAUGGCCGAGGUUCAGUUUCAGAUGCCCCAAACCCUCGUUUAUUCGCGUCAAAUGCCGAUCAGGCAUCGAACACAGGCAGAAUGCCAAUGGAUAUCUAUGCAAAUACAAAUCGGCCUCAGCCUUACCCCGACAUGUCCAAUUCCAACAUUCCCUUCUCGUCCCAUGCGGCCAUGGGCACCGACAUGAGGGAUGUUCAACAAGGAUUGCAUAGUACGGGAGUUGAUAUUGACACGGCCAUGGCGGGCAACCUGGACUUUGACCCGGCAUUCUUCGACCAGUCUAUGCUGUCCACGAUCAACUGGCUCCCCCAUGAAUUCUUUGCAGGCCCACCAAACGAUCAAAUGCAGCCGUCAAGACUUCCUUCCCAACUCUGCCAGCCUUUCUUUCCAGAUGUCCAAUCGACUCGCACCACAUGGCAGCCGCCAGUUAUCCAAGCUGGUCAGAAAAGCCCCCCAUUGCCAGAGAAUAUCUCUCAGACGCCGUCGGGGCAUCUGUCCAUGGGAACCGACAUGAGCAGUCCAAAUCAGUAUCCCCAUAUGGGCGGCGAAACAUCCCCUCAUCCUGAGUCGGUCGAUUCUGCUAAGCGCUCAGCGGACUAUUAUGUCGACGGGGCUGGUGCUCGGCUGCCCAAGUAUAGGAAGAAACAGGGCCCGUGGUCAAGCUUCUACGCCGAACCGAGUACUGUCACCCGUCAACUACCCCUCGAAGAGGGUGGCAGCCGAUAUUCAUUCCCGUCGAUCCAGGAAAGCCCCGUGGACAACAUAUCAGAAGAAGUGCGCCGAUUUACCAAAAGGAUCGACUCCUCCGUCUACGACAAGAUGUAUCACCAAUUUAUAAUGCUUUGCCGCAACGACAACCCCAUCUUCCCACAAUUUGAGACGGACAACUUCCCGUCGGCGCAACUCUGCAACCAGUUUAUCGCAUUCUACUUUGAGUCCUUUCAAACCGUAUACCCAAUUCUUCACCUCCCCACUUUCGAUCCCAAUACCUGCCAUUGGCUUUUGAUGCUGGCCGUCUUAGCCAUCGGGUGCAAUGUUGCAAAUAUAAGUGAGACAGCUCAGUGCGCAGCUGCUUUUCACGAGAUGAUCCGGCGAGCUUUAUGUGUUGAGAAAGAAAAGGGUCACCUUGGCGAGACUUCGCCUGAGAUCCUGCUGGCGAUGCUGUUGAACUGCAUUGGACUGCUUCACACUGGAAACGAACGAGCCAGACUUUCCGCGAUGGGUAUCUUCAGCGAUCUGGUGAAGUUCACGAAGCGAGAGCAGGUGCUAGCACCCUCACCGAAUCCGAGAAUGGAACCAAAUGGUCUCGCUCAAGAGGCAUAUUGGAUUGCAUGGAUUCAAGAUGAGAUCCGGCGACGAACUGGCUACUGCAUAUGGCUCGUGGACUGCACCCUUGCGUACUACUUUGAUGACCGACCACUACUGUCCCUGGAUGAUGGACAGGCUGCGUUACCCGCCCACGAGAGGCUAUGGCAAGCAGACUCGCCCGAGAAUUGGCGACAGCUGUGGGAUAAAUCACCUGUAAAUGAAUCACUCUACGACGCUGUACAAAUAAUAUACAUUGAAAAGAGACUCAUCUCCGGAAUCGGCGAAUUCAGCCAUAUCCUGCUCAUCCACGCACUCUACCACCGCAUGUGGGAAGUAGGCGACUACUUCCGCCGCCCCCUCUCGUUCUGGAACCCAACCGCCAAAAAGCAAUCUCGUGAGAGCGCCAUCCCAAUGGGAUCAGUCUGGCUCCCCGGAAUCCCCUCCUACUCUAAAUGGCGCAACAGCGCCUGCGACUGCCUGGACAUCCUCCACUGGACUGCCAACAGCACAAUCGCCAAAGCAGCGGGCCUGGAGCAUCCAACCGUGCUCCACCUCCACGCCUCUCGACUCGUCCUCCUCGCUCCCUUUCGUGAGAUCCGCUCUCUCGCCACCUCCCUCGCAGAGGGGACCCUCCGCUGGAGCAAGCGCCACCAGACACUCGAGUGGCAGUAUAUAUGGCGCUGGACGAAACAUGACCAAUACAAAGCCCGUCUCUCCCUGAUCCACGCAGGCGUUACCCUCUGGCAUGUCCGGCGGUACUCGACAAACGCAUUCCAUGAGCCCGUGGCUGCCUUCCUAGCCGUGCUCACCCUCUGGGCCUAUGGCUCGUGCCACGCCCACGCCGUGCCUCUGCCUCCUGCAGAGACAAAUAGUCCGCGUCAACAGGACUCACAACCGGAACCGAGUUUCAUUCACCUCGACCGGCCCUGCGAUGAUGAGCUCGUGCAGCUGUUUGUGAGGGAGGGACAUGCCAUGAGAGGCAAUGUUACUGGCGUGGGGGAUAUUUGUGCGCCUGGCGGUCCGGAGAGGAUCCUACGGGCUGGGUGUGAGACCCUCGCGGGCUUGACGGCUUGGGGUCUUUCGAAGCGGUUUGUUACUAUUUUGACUCGUAUGGCGGACCGGGUUCCGCGCUGUUUGGCUGGCGAGGAUAACAGUCAUGACUUUGAGGCGAAUCUUGAUUGA